AUGGACUUGUUCAAGUCAGACUCCACCAACUCGAUACUGAGUAUUGAGUUAGAUGCCUCUCACCCUCACCGACCGGGAGAUGUGGCCACCGGGCGAAUCUACCGGAAGCCUCCUGUUGCCUGCGAUCACGCCACACUGAAACUGAGGCUUAAUGGCCAAGUGCGCACCAAGAUUCCGCAGUUCAAUGGGCAAAUGCAAAUCUUGGACCAGAGCCAAAUUGUCCAUGAUGGGCCGGUUCACUUGCCUUCCGCACAGCUGCGCCAGGAGUGGCCCUUUACAUUGAAUAUUCCAACGCACAUUGACUCGGCGUGCCUCCCUGCAGACGCAAACCCCAAGAAGUACUUUUUCCCACUGCGAAACGAUGAUGGCACGACGGCGAUAGUGCCACCGACCUUCGAUGGGACGUAUGACUCGGACCGGAAAGCGGUCAUCGAGUAUACCCUUGAAGCGGAAAUGGAACUGGAGGGGCAAGGGAAGAGCGGCAAGGCCAAGGCCGUACUCCCAAUCAUUAUAGAAUAUUUCCGCGCUGGAGAUCCGUUGACGUCUACGCCAUUCAAUUUUUGGAAAGAGAACACCAAGCUUUCCACUUCGCAGAAGAUGAAGGGCCUGUUCAGCUCCCGCUCGACCCCGACCUUCACUUUCCAGCUCAUAAUUGCUGUCCCCAAACUGAUUCAACUGGGAAACCCGUAUUUUGUUCCCUUCCAGAUGAAAGCCAACCCGCUGUGGAACAAGUCACAUGAGAGCCUCGGCAAGUUACCGCCAAAGAUUGUCGUAAAGCGCUUCGCUCUCGAGGUCAUUACCCGCGUGACGGUCAUGGGGCCGAUGAAUUCCGGGGUGGGCAGGUUCUGGGACAGGAACAAGAUCAUCAACACCAAUCUUGCCUUGAUGCGUCUUGGCUAUGAAUUGGAGGUACCCUGUGACGAGGCUUCGACGCCCGCGGUCGAUCUGGGCAAUGCGGUAAAGUUCCAAAUUCCGUAUGAGAAGGAGAUGAAUUUCCACGCGAAUCACUUAAGGCCGAGCUUUGAUACUCAUAUAAUCCGCAACGUUCACAUUUUGAAAUGGAAAGUGGAAAUCGAAGUUGUUGGGAAGAGCUUUGUGAUUGAAGAUUAUCAUUACUUCCAGGCGGUGCCGCCCGUCUCGCCUUAUCCUGCUCAUACGACAUCCGGAGGGAAGGAAGAUGGAGGACUGUAG